AUGAGACUGAAAGCCCUGGAGAUGGCUUCUGUAGCCGCAAUAGCGCUGGCGACUGGGUCUGAAGGUUUGUAUACUGAACUUCCAACUAAUCUCACAGAGGUCGACGUCAUCAUCGCUGGAGGAGGCACUGCGGGCAGCAUCGUUGCCUCACGACUCGCUGAAGCAGACCCCUCCCUAUCGAUUCUUGUUAUCGAGCAGGGAAAAGACAGCUUUAAUGUCACAAACGUCAUCUACCCGGCCUUAUUCGAGCGGAAUACCCUGCCCAAUUCGGAUACUGCUCUGUUCUGGAAGGCCAAGAAGUCAUCCCAGCUGGCGGACCGUGAGCCGGUUGUUGAGACAGGCGGCAUUCUCGGGGGUGGAUCAGCUAUCAACUGGAUGGUGUACACCCGUGGGCAAUGGGACGAUUAUAACUCCUGGAACACGACAGGAUGGUCAGCAGAAGAAUUGCUGCCACUUCUGCGGAAGAUCGAAACGUAUCACGGCGCAACUAACAAUCAAUCAACUCACGGCUAUGAUGGACCAAUCCAUGUAUCAAAGGGAACACACCAAGCGCCUCGAGCUGAAAGAGGUUGGAUUGAUGGGGCCGUAGAAGCAGGUUGGUCAGAGGUAGAAGACCUUCAAAGUCUGCACUCCAACAAUGGCUCCGGGCCCUGGUAUCGAUAUGUCUCGCCUACCGACGGCCGCCGCCAAGAUGUCGCACAUCGUUACUUGCAUCCACUUCUGCAAAGUGGCGACUAUCCUAAUCUGAGUGUGCUAGUAGAAACCCAGGUUCUCCGUGUUCUGUUUGAGGGAGAAGAGAACCGCGCCACUGGGGUGGAAAUCCGACCCAACCCUGCAUUCGCGAAGGAUGCCGGAGACAAUAGCACGACUAGAGUCAAGGCGAGAAAGCUAGUGGUUGCUUCCUCGGGGUCUUUUGGAACUCCAUUGCUUCUCGAAAGAUCCGGAGUCGGUGAUCCUGCAGUGCUGGAAAAGGCGGGAUUACCGAUUAUCGAAAGUCUCGAUGGAGUGGGCAAUGACUUCCAAGAUCAUCACUUUGUUGGGUACGUCUACCGCACAAACCUCAACCGGAACGAGACCAUCAACGGUAUAGCCCGAAAUGAUAGAGGACGAGACGUGGAUGCGAUGAUUGCCGCCGACGACAAGCAACUUGGAUGGAACGGUCACGAUGCCUCCAGCAAGUUUAGACCAUCCCCUGCUGAUAUUGCAGCUUUGGGGCCAGAAUUCCAAGCUGCUUGGGACAGGGACUUCAAAGACUCGCCCAACCGUCCUCUCAUGAUCCUGGGACUCUUUAAUGCCUACUUUGGCGACCCUGCCACUCUUCCCGAUGAUGCCGAGUAUGUUACCACAGCACCCUGGGUAACAUACCCAUACGCGAGGGGCCACAUUCAUGCUACUGGGCCGAGUAUAGAUGAUGAGUACGACUUCACCACUGGGUGGCUACUUGACGAGAAUGACAUCGACCUGAGGAGCCACAUCUGGGGGUACAAGACACAACGAGCCAUCGCCCGUCGAAUGGAAAUCUUUCGAGGCGAGCUCGCACUGGGGCACCCUAAGUUCGCCAACACAUCGAGCGCCGCUGUCAUCGAGGUGGCCGAAGGACCGGUCACUGAUUCGAUUGAGUACUCUAUCGAAGACGAUGCUGCAAUCAUCCAGUACGUUCGUGAAAACAUCGGGACAUCAAGACAUCCUCUUGGUACCUGCAAGAUGGCGCCCCGGGAGAAUCGAGGGGUUGUCGACCCCCACCUGAACGUCUACGGCGUGUCCGGGUUGAAGGUUGCGGAUCUCAGCGUGCCAUCUCAGCAAGUCGCUGCUAACACUUACAAUGCUGCACUGCUGGUGGGGGAGAAGGCUGCAGAGAUCAUCAUCACAGAGUUAGGACUCUGA